AUGCUGACCUUUUGCUGCAAGGCCAUUGUGGACAGACACAUCUGGGGAGCGACACGUGGACAAGUUAUCUCCCACGUUUCACUCCCAGUAGUCACUGAAUCCCAGAGAUUUAACCUUCGCGAUUCAUUGAAGAGUAUGGAUAUAAUGCCUGGUUUCGAUCUUCCAUCGUCCGAUUCUCUCACCCGUUUUUUGGCGGGGUAUUUUACUGGCUUUUAUCCUCGGAUGCCGUUCACACACGCACCAUCCUUCAAAAUUGAAGAAUGUCACCCGGGACUCUUCCUUGCUAUGGCUGCUAUCGGUGCAGUUUAUCGAUAUGAAAUGAAAACAGCAUAUAAUCUGUUCUAUGUUGCAAAAAUGAUUUUCCUAGACCGGCACCGUCACACAGAAAGCAAUGAGUUCCAAAGGUCGAUGGAUUCUGCCAGUGUUAAGACUGGAAGGAGUAACGCCCAAGAGAUUCGCGGUCUACUCUGUCUCCUUACAAUGGCAUCCUGGCAAAAGGACGCGGAGCUGGAAAAUGAAUCCUUCAUGUUACAAAGCCUACUUGUCCACUCCGUGAGGCUGAGUAGCUUAGAUGACACUCUCACCCAGGCGGGUGAUCUUGACUGGGAGACCUGGGCUCAGCAAGAAUCCGACAGACGGACAAAGCUACUUGCGUUUUGUUUUCUUAACAUCCAAAGCAUCGCCUACAAUCUACCUCCCAGCUUGCUGAGCAAAGAAAUUCGGCUACGGCUUCCUUGCUCAUGUCCGGAAUGGACCGCUACAGAUGCAGCAACCUGGCAAAUAUUACAUCAGAACACCUCCAAUGAACAAGAGUACUUUCACAUUGCUCUAGAAAAUCUUUCAUUGCCGGCGUCGGGAACGCGUGUCAAUACUUCCCUUACAUCGCCUGUUGCCAACUAUGUUCUACUACAUGGUUUGAUCCAUAAGUCAAUCAUCCCUGUGGUGGCCUACAAAUUCUAUUCUCAGAGUGAAGAAUUGGUUUUGAUCUCAUUUUCUUUUGCUAGAGCUGCGCUUCGCAAAUGGACAGAAACAUGGCAGAUUACGCCCGAAUCCAACCUGGAGCCAUUGGACCCCAAUGGACCAUUGCCUUUUACGUCAAGCGCAUUACUGAGUCUAGCUUAUAUUCGCAAUUGUCUCGAUACAGGACGCUCGCAAGUUCUAUCAAGCUGGGAUCCCGCUAAAGUUGCCUCUGUUCUACAUGAUUCACCACCUCUCAAGCAUGACUGGCAUGUGUUUCUGGCAGCAAUUCAUGCAACGCGGGUCUUAGGCACUCUUGUCAAGCUCGGUAUACGAUAUGUCCAGCAUAGCCAAGCAUUUGUCUGGAGUAUCGAAGAUGCUUUAUGCGGUCUUGAAUGUGCAGUCUUCCUGAGCCAGUGGCUACGCCAAGUCGGUGACAUGACCCAGGAUAAUUCCAUGUCCGAAAAUCAAAGAGUCCUUGUGAAAUGGGUUCGUGAAAUUGUACAAGAAGCACUUGUCUCCAUCAGCUGCGAUCACCCACACUCUACGGCGCUCUCAACACCAGAAGAAUUGGCUACCGAAGUCAUAAAGCUAUGGACACUCAUCAUGCAGGGCAGUUCUCCCUGGUCGUUUAUGGGUGCCGUUGCCAAUGUCUUGGUUAUAUAUGGAGACGGUUGUGCCUAG